GAUGAAGCUUAGGAAAGAGAAAGCAGAAGUCAAAGGGAAAGUCUCUGGUCAGACGGUGAGUGUCACACACGACUGUGGGCAUCAAUUGGACAGCAACAACUUCUCUCCCAGGAAUCAUCCUUGGACAAAAGACAACUCUCCUCAUGGACGGCAACACAACUUCACUCGCCUCCUACGGCAACAGCAGCAGCAGCAGCAAUGCCUCUUGUUCCCGUGACAACGUUGUGAAGACGGUGGUUUUUCCCGUCCUCUACACCGUCCUGUUUCUGGUGGGGCUGUCGCUCAAUGGCCUUGCGGUGUGGGUGUUCUUACGCAUCCCCUCACGCUCUCACUUUGUCAUAUACCUGAAGAACGUGGUGGUCGCUGAUGUCAUCAUGACCCUCACGUUCCCCUUCAAGGUGUUAUCCGACUCCAACAUGGCCUCCGCCGGCCUGCGCGUAUUCGUGUGCCGGGUUUCCUCAGUGCUCUUCUACCUCACCAUGUACAUCAGCAUCCUCUUCUUCGGCCUCAUCAGCAUCGACCGCUGCAGGAAGACCCUCAAGCCUUUCAAGGGCACCAACGCGGCCCGCCUGGCCCGUCGGAAGCUCCUCUCCGCUGCAGUCUGGAUCUUCCUGCUGGCUCUCUGCCUUCCCAAUGUGGUUCUAACCAGCAAAAAGCCACGUUCGCUGUACUUUAAGUGCAGCGACCUGAAGGACCAGGCUGGGCUGUACUGGCAUGAGGUGGUCAAUCACGUGUGUCAGGUCAUCUUUUGGGGCAACCUGGUGAUAGUCAUCCUGUGUUACACUCUCAUCACCAAAGAACUCUACAAGUCCUACUCCCGCACCAAGUCUCACAGCCCUGAUGGCCAUCAAACGCAACAAGCAAAGAGGAAAAUGAACACAAAUGUCUUUCUGGUCCUGGCCGUGUUCUUUGUCUGUUUCGUGCCAUUCCACUUCGCCCGCGUGCCGUACACCAUGAGCCAGACCCGAGGCCUUCUCUUCCACUGUCGACUCAAGCUCUUCUUCUUCCAGCUGAAAGAGAGCACGCUCUUCUUGUCCUCGCUCAACUCCCUCCUGGACCCGCUCAUCUACUUCUUCCUGUGCAGGUCCUUCAGGGCCACCUUGUUCAAGACCCUGCGGCUGAACCCCAGUACUUGCAGCUGGCUGCUAGGGAGGACUUCGGACAGCGAUUCGUGCAGCACGGUUUAACUUCAAAUAUGUGGCCCGUGGCGUAUGUGGUGACUUCAACUUAUUAUAUUAUUACAGUCGGCCGUCGCCACUAUCACAGCUUUUCAAACAUAUACUAAUUAAUAAACCAUGCUGUUUUGUGGUUGAAGAUGCCCUAUUUUUAGUUAAAAAUAUGCAUCUUGAAGCAAAUUUGUUUGCCUAUAUUUAGCUUUUUUAAGCAUCAAAAUGGUUAAACGAAUCCAAAUACAAAUAUAAGGCAUUCAGAAGACGCAUUCAAAGACGCUGUGAAUGAUAUGUAGUAUUCGACACUGGUCACUAGGUGUCAGUAAUGCUACCGUAAGCACCAGACUUUCAUUGCGGGUUUUGAAUCAUCUCACAUCAGGCACAAUAAUCCUUAAUAAAAACACGGACUACUGUUGCGGCCAUAACCCACGCCAAGCUGAAACUCAAUUCUGAACUUGUCACUUCCCGUCUGCCAACCAUUCAGCUCCCCUAGCGAGCACGUAAAUAGCAACACACACAAGCACGAGUCGUAUUUAUGUCACAAAUGUCUUAUUUUCUCUGAUUAUGUCUACUAUAUUUGGUAAUAGGAGUGUAAAGGUAACUAUAAGGGCGUUAAUGUCCAUGUUAAAAACGUAUUUAGAAGGUCGGAAACAGGUUUUCUACAGUCGAACUACCAAAACAUUCCAUCCAUCCAAUUUGUAUGCGGCUUGUCCUCACUAGGGUCGCAGCGGUAUGCUGGAGCCUAUCCCAGCUGACUUUGGGCGAGAAGUAGGGUACAUCCUGAACUGGUUGCCAGCCAAUCGCAGAGCACAUAUAGACAAACAACCAUUCACACUCACAUUCAUACCUAUGGACAAUUUAGAGUCUCCAAUUAACCUAACAUGCAUGUUUUUGGAAUGUGGGAGGAAACCGGAGUACCCGGAGAAAACCCACACACUCAUGAGGAGAACAUGCAAACUCCACACAGAGAUGCCCAAACGGAGAUUCGAUGGGGUGGCCAACAUGCUAACCACUAGGUCACCGUGCAGCAUACCAAAAAAUUAUAUUUAUAAAUAAGGAAUCCUACUUUAUGGAAAUUCAGUGCAAAUUUCUGUCAAAAUUGACAGAAAAAUACAUUUAGCCAGAAAGAAAAAAGAUUUUAUUCCGUUAUUAUUUUUGAGCAAUAUACUCUAAAUCCUGUACAUAAAAAUUUAAACAAAUGAAAAAAAUUAAUAAAAUAAUAUUUUUAUGUAUCUUUUUGAUGUGUAUUAUUUGAUUAUUUUAACUAUUUUAUUCUGUUAUUGUUUUUGAGUAAGAUAAUAAUGUAAGUAUAUGAAACAUUUUUUUUAUUCCCUUUUUGACUUGCAUUAUUACGUGUUUUUUAGAUUUCUUUUUUAUGAUUUUAUUUUUUUGUAACAUAAAUAAAACAUAAAUACAUAAAUACAUACAUAAAACCAGUGUAAACAAAUAAAAACAAAAUGUAUAAAUUAAAAUAAUUCAAAAUAAUAAUAACAGGUAAACUACAAAAAUAUUCCAUUUAUAAAUAAGAAUUCCUACUUCAUGGAAAUUCUGGAACCAAUUAACCCUGUUAAAUGUGGGAUUACUGUAUAGACGUAUUAUUUUAGCAAAAAAGAAUGUAAUUUGAAUUCAAUUUCAGCAAAUCCUUGGUUAAUACAUUUGUAUUUUUCAAAUAUUUCAUACAUAUUUCAAUAUUAUUUCUAUCUUUAAUACAUGUUUUUUUUUACAUACAUUAUAUAAAAAUAAUCUGGUGUUAGAUAGAGCUUGCAUACUACCUUACUACAUACAGUACUCCAUACUACUUGCAUACUACCAUUGGUACUUGUACCACACUUGGAGAAUCAAUGCACUAAGAUCCAUUUCUUGCUGUAUACAACAAGAUGUUGUUGUAUUUACAUACUGUAUAUAACGAGACUUGCACUUUUAAACACACUUGCUGUAUUUUUUUUCCACCUUUCCAACUGUUCUGAACUCCUGUUUCCAUCUCCCAUAGCUGACGUGAUGUUUUGAGUCCUUUUAGACAGCAAACUUGCUGAGACCGGAUCGGCAUUGUGCUGUAUCUGCUGCUUGCAAACGCGUGUACUCUUUGCCUCGAUUGCUUCAAGAUGCCAUGAAGCAGCCAUGAAGCAUCAACUGUGGUUUAUCCCUGGCUGUGAACUUCUUGGCUGUUUGCUUUGGAUUUUGUUUGGUAAAGCCUUUGUAAGGUAUGUCAUGUAAAUA